AUGGGUGCUCUCCCCGGAGGCGGCUCCAGGCCAAUUACAAUCCCUCCAUAUUUCUGGGGUGAGGGUCCGGUGGCCCAGUUGGCGAGGCGGUUUGGCUGGAAGGUGAAGCCGAGGAAAGGUGGUGGCUUCCCCGUGCAUGCGGGCUACUCGGAGGCGAGGGCCUUGGUCGGCAAGGGAGCCGUGGCGGAUCUGCGAAGGCUGUCUCGCCAGGCGGAAGACAUGGUGGCGGAGGGUGGCACCGACGUCGUCGACGUGGGCUGCGACCUGCUCAACUCCGAGGUCAUGAACUCGUUCCUCAACGUGGCCGACAUCGCCACCUCGGGCAUCGUGAGCGAGCCCGCGCUGCGGGCAAUCUACGACGCCUAUGCCGCCACGGUCGCGCAGAUGCUCACCCAAAGGUGGCACGAGCCCGUGGCCAGGAUGGCCGCCGCGCUGUACACGUGGCACAUUCAAAACGACCGGCACAUGUUCCUCCGUCGUGCUCUCCUUGGAUGGCCCAAGGCCCGCAAGUCGCCGGCGCGGCCCCAGCGCGAGGCAGACUUCAACGAGGUCUUCGACGCCGACUUCCACACCACCGGCUUCAGCAGGCACCUCGACCCCGAGUACGCCUGCGACGGCGGCGAGGAGACCUGCAACCACGUCCGCCGCUUCCUCGAUCGCCAGGAUGAGGACCUGCUCGGCGCCUUCUGGUCGUCUCUCGUCACCAGCCCGCUCGAGUACGUCCGGCAGGGCGAGGUGGAUGAGCAGCGCGAGUACCACCUCGUCGAAUCCUCGCGCCUGCAAAUGGCCCAGCUCUUCUCCAAGGGCCUCGUCGUCGAAAUGGUCUGGCUGAUCAACCAUGCGAACCACCACACCUGGCAGGUGAACUACCUGUUCGAGGCCGCCAUGUUUGGCAGCAUCCUGGACGGCGGAGCAUUGAUAGGGAAGCUCGACCGGGCAGAGGGCGAGGAAGAGCAAGACCGAAAGAUCGAGUAA